AUGGGUGCUAUGCGCAGUAGUUUCUACAUCUUGGAUAAAGACAAUGUAGUGAGUGGCCAGCUGCAGGCUGAUAUGUGGGAUGAUGGUUGGUCCGCCGAGAAGACAGCCAUGCCAAAGAAGAAGAUCAAAGUCAACCUCAGUAACGAGCAGACUCCAGCGGGGUUGGUAGCGCGCACCGGUACACCUCUCAACGUCCACGACGCUUACAAGGAUCCCAGAUUUUUCAAAGACAUCGAUCCCACAACUGGCACUGUUGUCAGAUCUUGCCUUGUUUCCCCCAUUUUGGAUAAAAAUGGAGUCAUUGUUUCUGGACCGGUGGAGGGGCAAAUCAGAGUUCUAAACCCUCAAUUACAAGCGUCAAAAAACAAACAGGAGAAACAGAACUAUUCUGCCCAGCCCCCAGCUUUCAGUUUACACACCCAUGGUGUGAAUAAUUUUUGUGACAAAGAACUUACCUUAAUUAUUAGGAAGCAGACAGCCGCGUUGAUGCUAUCAGGUUUGUGUCACGACGUGGAUCACCCGGGAUUCAAUAACAACUUCCUUGCUCUAUGCAAGCAUCCGCUCGCGCAAAUGUAUAAAUCUUCAAUAUUAGAGAACCAUCACUUUUUCCUAGCCAAGAAGAUUAUUGAGGACAAGAACAUCUUAGGCAAGUUGCCAGCGAUGGACCGCGAGCGUAUCUUAGAGGAACUCAAAUACAACAUAUUGUGCACGGACCUUGCAGUGUACUUCCAGAUCAGAGCUCAGCUCACACCGCUCGUGGGAGACCACACGUUUGAUUGGACGGAUAGCGCUCACCGGAAGAUGGUCAAGGGUGACAAAGAGCGUUUGAUGGGGUACACGCCCCUCAGCAUGAUGGACCGGCGGCGCAGCAUCAACCAGCCCGCGGAGCAGAUACAGUUCCUGUCGGUGGUGGUGCUGCCGUGCGUGCUGCUGCUGCAGAACGUGUUCCCCAACACCGCCCCCCUCACCGACAAUUGCAGGUGCACUUUUAUUAUAAAACGCAGGGGAGACGCACCUUCAGCCUCAAACCAGGACUCUCCGACCAAGCGCCCCUCUUUAUAUAUCAGUAUCAAUAUUAUCAGUGUAAUGUCUUAUAGAAUAAUAAUAUUGGAUUUCAGGUCGCAAACCGAUUUAAAAGUGUUCAAUAUUGAGGUCCCAGGUUGGAUACCCGGUCGGAUUAAUGUAGAAAAUGAGCUUUUCUAUAUUGUCUCAGAUACUCCAUAAUACGGGCUUAGUUAACUCAUCCUGGAAUCUGAGCAAUAUAUGUGAUGCUGUUUAGGAUUUAUUUAUAUAACUUGAUGUGUAGCCAUGUAGGACAAGUACACAUAUGAUUCGUUGGACAAACAUCCAUUAAGGUUUAAUGAUGUCUUUAAGCUAUGUCAAAUUUGUAUGGGUAAUGUCGCUUUAAACUAAUGACUGUUUUAAAUGACGUUAGUGCAACUUUACAAUAAUGAUUAUUGUUUUAAGGAAAACUCAAGAUGCUUGGCGGGAAGAGAUUGA